AUGCCUUUAUCAUUAACUUCAAGAAAAUCAUUAAAAGAUAAUGAAGAAACUUUUAAAACUCAUUUAGCUACCAUUGAAAAAGCUUUAGGUGAACCAUUUGAAAUCGUUGUUGGUAAUUUAGCCAAAAACAUUGAUACUAAAGUUAGUAAAAAUGAUUUAGUUAAAGAAGCCUUCUUAGCUGCUGUUCCAAAUAAGAAAAUUGUUUUUGUUGCUGCCGAUGAAAAAUUACCAUCAUAUUGGCAAUACUCAUUCGCUGAUGGUAACUGUAUUGUCUCAUUCCGUCCAAAAAUCUGUAAUACCAAUGAUGUAUUUACCACCAAGUUAGAAACUAUUCUUCCAAGUGAAGGUGUUUACUCUUUAAUGACUCGUUUAAAUAUUAAAGAAAAUCAAGCCAAAAUGGAUGCAAAUUUAGCCGCUGUUAAAAAAGCAAUGAAGUCCGAUGCUGAUUGGAACAUCGACCAAUCAUCUUUAGAAGCUGUUUAUCCACAUGUUGCUGCUGAUUUAAAAAAUAGCUUUGGUCAUAUUUUUGCAGGAGUUGUCGAAAAAAUUGCAGCCAAUCUUGCCAAACGUUGUGCUGAUGAAAUGGUAUUAGAAGCUGUUCAAGAAGCCACUUCAAAUCAUACCAUUGUUAUCAAACACAAUGCCACACAAAAUGGCUAUUGGUUAUGGUCACUCGAAUCUGGUAAUUUAGUAAUUUCAUUCAAAUCAAUUACCAAUACAAAUGAUGUUCAAACAUUUGACUUCAUUAAAUUAUUAUAA